AUGGCUGAGCACGCUCGCGAAGAGCUUGUCAACACUUUCAAAAGGCACUCGGGCGCAUACUCCGACUUCACCAUUACCUGCGGCAGCGAUACGUACAACGUCCACAAGGCUGUGGUAUGCACUCGAUCGGAGUUCUUCAAGGGUGCGGAAAGGUUCGCUGUUAAUCAGCAGCAAGCAGCAAGUGCCAAAGCCGACCUCUCCGAGGACGAUCCACAUAUCGUUAAGCGACUUGUCAAGUAUCUUUACGAAGGCGACUACGAUGCCGAGAUAGCUGGUACGAUACCUGCUAAAGCCCCCUCGCCGGUGGUGACCGCGCCCAGCAACGACAUCUAUCACUACGACUUUCCACACACAUGUCGCCUGGGUUGUGAGCUGCCAGACUAUUUAGUCUGCAAUCAUCAUAUUUACAGCGUAGAUUCAUGUGGCUCGUCCUGUGUCGACUUCGUAUGCCUCAAAUGCUGCCCGGACUGGACUUCUAUCACAAUACCCACAGCAGGCGCGUCACAGCUCCUUCUUCACGCCAAGAUGUAUGAGAUGGGCGAUAAAUACGACGUCAAGGGUCUCAAGGAUCUGGCCCGCGUCAAGUUCACCUCUAUCUGCACGCCAUUAUGGAAUGAUGAGGUCUUCGCUCAAGCCGCAGACCACGCCCUCAACACAACACCGGAUACCGAUGUUGGUCUGCGAGAAGUGAUUCGCAAGACCAUCGUGGCCCACAUCGAGCUGCUCAACAAGCCCGAGAUUGCGGCUUUGCUAAGUAAACACACUGGCUUCAUGUUUGGUGUUCUGAGACGCGUGGCUGAAGAGAAGGCGGGCUUGCAGCCAGUGACUGGACCGUUGUCGGAUCGCCGUCGCCGUCGUUAUUAA